CAGUUUUCCAUUUCGUUAACUCACGUGGGGAAAAUGUCAAGUUUACUUGGAGUUCCAGACGAAAAAGUCGGUUCAAGGACGACCGAUUUCACGACUAACAAAAUCGGAGGACUCCCGGAUUGGAUUAUUCCAGGAAGUAAAAUACCAGCAUGUCGGAGCUGUAGUAGAGUUAUGUCCCUUGCAGCUCAACUGUACUGCCCAUUAGAUGGUUCUCCAUACCAUAGGACUCUUUAUCUGUUUUCCUGUCAUAAUAAGAUCUGUUGGGGAAAGUCAGAAAGUUGGACAGCCCUAAGAUCACAGAAACUGGAUGAAAGUUUUGCUACCAAGGCAGAGAAGCCAGAGAAAGUAAAACCGAGUGCUACAUUUGAAGACUGGGGUGUUGCUGCUGAUGACUGGGGGGUGGAUGCAGAUGACUGGGAAACCGUAUCAGAUGACUGCAAGUCUGGGAGUACUAAUUCCAUAGCAGAGGACACUUUAAGUGAUACUCAAAUCAAAGGUCAGAGGUCAGAUAUCAACAGAGGCCAUGACCUUGGGACAAAUUGGAGAGAUGCUUUAGUUGGAUCUGGAGCAGGGAAGGAUGAAUGCAUAUCAGAAAUGUCCAGUCAUACUUGUGAAAGUCAGGAUGAGGCUGGUGUAUUAUUGACAGAAGGAGACAGUGAUCUCCAUGGAGAAAUGGCACAGCUAAAUGUUCAUGAUUUUGAGGACAGUGAAUCUGAAAAAUCUGAUUCAAAUAUUGUCAUGGACACAGAUAGCAUUUCUAUGAAAGUAACAGAAGAAGGCGUUGAGGAAAUGAUGAACUUACUGGCUAAUAAAAGUCAAAGUCAAGGUCAGAACUGUUCUGGUCAAGGUCAGAGCAGUUCUGGAGAUUAUUGCCAUGGAAACGAACCCAGCCUUGAUUUUGAAUCUUAUUACAUAAGUGUCUUCAAUGAACCAGAAGCUGUUGAAGAAAACAGCAGUCAUAUACAAGAGCUACUCCGAAACUAUGAACUGAAGGAAGGGGGAGAUUUAGACUCGUUGCCAGCUGAAGGCAAGAAGGGGAUGAAAGGAGGGGCUGAAACCUAUGAGGAGGACCACGUUGUCCAUGGAGACAAGUAUUUCUACAAGUUCAGCAAGAGGAUAGCAGUCUGUCCACAACAAUGUAUACGUUACCACUGGAAUGGAAAUCCUUUGUACAUUUCUCGGCCUGACCCCAAAUUGACCUCAACACUCGUUUGUAAUAACUGCGGGGGUCAAGCUGUGUAUGAACUUCAGCUGCUGCCAGCUUUGGUCAACUUUCUCCAUGUCCAGGACAAGUCCGAUCCAGCGACAGAGUUUGGGACAGUCAUUUUGUACAGUUGCCGAGCUAGCUGUUGGAUGGAAACAGAUAUCACUCGGGCAGAGGUCACCAUAGUUCAGCCUGACCCUGAUUAUAACCUGUUUAGAUAGUAGUGGCAGUAUCCAGAGUUCCCAGCUAGGUUAUGUAUUUAAUCCUGGAGCAGUAUGCCACAAACAUAGACAACUCUGACCUCAAGAGACAACAGGGAAGUCUGACCUCAGAGACAACAAGGAACUCUGACCUCAGAGACAACAAGGAACUCUGACCUCAGAGACAACAAGGAACUCUGACCUCAGAGACAACAGGGAACUCUGACUUCAGAGACAACAGGGAAUUCUCACCUCAGAGACAACAGGGAACUCUGACCUCAGAGACAACAGAAAACUCUGACCUCAGAGAGAACAGGGAACUCUGACCUCAUAGACAACAGAGAACUCUGACCUCAGAGACAACAGGGAACUCUGACCUCAGAGAGAACUAGGAUUUCUGACCUCAUAGACAACAGGGAACUCUGACCUCAGAGAGAACAAAGAACUCUGACCUCAGAGACAACAGAGAACUCUGACCUCAGGGACAACAGGGAAUUCUCACCUCAGUGACAGCAGGGAACUCUGACCUCAGAGACAACAGGGAACUCUGAUCUCAAAGACAACAGAGAACUGUGACCUCAAAGACAACAGAGAACUGUGACCUCAGAGACAACAGGGAACUCUUGACCUCAGAGAAACACUGAAUCAAUCAGUUAACAGAGGCCACCCACUAACACUUUCCUAUAUCCUCCCAGCCCCAGAGGAAAUUGAGGCACUCCACGGGGAAUUCUUAGGAAACCCUUUACUUUUCAUUUCCUCCCAACCUCAGAGGAAAUUGAGGCACUCCACCGGGAAUUCUUAGGAAACCCUUUACUUUUCAUUUCCUCCCAACCUCAGAGGAAAUUGAGGCCCUCCACAGGGAAUUCUUAGGAAACCAUUUACCAUUCAUCUCCUCCCAACCCCAGAGGAAAUUGAGGCCCUCCACAGGGAAUUCUUUGGAAACCGUUUACUUUCCAUUUCCUCCCAACCUCAGAGGAAAUUGAGGCCCUCCACAGGGAAUUCUUUGCGAACCCUUUACCAUCCAUCUCCUCCAAAUCUCAGAGGAAAUUCAGGCCCUCCACAGGGAAUUCUUUGGAAACCCAUUACCAUCCCUCUCCUCUCAACCUCAGAGGAAAUUCAGGCCCCCAACAGGGAAUUCUUUGGAAAUCCUUUACCAUCCAUCUCCUUCCAAACUUUUGCGAAAAUUGAGGCCCUCCACAGGGAAUUCUUAGAAAAUCAAUUACCAUCGAUCUCCUCCCAUCCCCAAAAGUAAUUGAGACCUCCACAGGGAACUCUUAGGAAACCCUUAACCAUCCCUCUCCUCCCAACCCCAGAGGAAAUUGAGGCCCCCCACAGGGAAUUCUUAGGAAACCCUUUACCAUCCAUCUCAUUCCAAACCUUUGCGAAAAUUGAGGCCCUCCACAGGGAACAUCAGUUAAUGGUUCAUCAUGACAGAUGUGGCUUCAUGAUGAUAAUUUUCUUAUUUACAUCCUAAGUGAAUUGUUUUGACCCUUUAACUCAUGCGACCUAAAAGUUUGACAGACUAGGGGCAAAUAACUACAGAUGAACAAAGUGCGAUGCCCAUUGGAGUUAAGUGAGAUUUAAAUCGUACCAACAUCAAGAACAAACAACUUAUAAAGUAUUGGCUUGGUUUAUUUCAACAAAUUAAAACUUAAACUGUAUAAUGUAUAUGUGAUUAUGUGAAUAAUUACAAAUUACAUGUAUUUACAUUUAACACGAAUAAAAUGAAAUGGUGAAAGUCAUCUUUUAUGAUUUUUUUAUGGACAGUGCAACUGUUUAAUGUGACACCUGGGAUCAAAACUAUAUUGUGUAAGUAAAUGAGUCAUCUUGUUUGCAUCUGUAAACUGUAUCAUACUCCGAUUUCAUACAGCGAAAUCUGUAAAUUGUAUCAUACUCAGAUUUUAUACAGCGGAAGCUGUAAAUUGUAUCGUACUCCGAUUUCAUACAGUGAAAUCUGUAAAUGGUAUCGUACUCUGUUUUUUUACAGCGGAAUCUGUAAAUUGUACCAUGUAUUGCCUGGUUUAGAUAUUGUCAACUGUAUAUUGAUCCAGAUACAUGUUAUACUUCAAUCACAACCUUGACUCCUUGACUCCUAGUGUUCUUAUUACAGCACACAGUCACACAAUACAGCAAAAACAAAAUCUGGUUGAUAAAGUGAAAAUGAAAAACCAGAUGAAAAAUAAUAUCAAAUUGUUAAACAAUCUUUUCAUGUUCCUACAGAUACUCUGUAAAUCGAUGCUUUUGCCUAAAACUGCAAUUAGUUGACCGACAGGAUUAUCAAGAUCCCAGAUCAUUUUGUAUCUUUGUAUGAUCUUGAGAUAUUCUGACCUUGACCUUGAACUUGAGAAGUUGUUAAAAAGAUAUAUACUAUGAUCAGUUCAUUACCACGUGAAAUUUCAGAAUUUUAUACUUUCGGUUCUGAAAUAACCCCGAAAAGUAUGGACAGACGGAUGGAAAAACACAAUGGAAAAUAUAUACAGACUGAUGGGAGAAGUUGCAGCCAAAAUUUAUCUUAGGCCCUAACUAGUCUGGCCUUCAAAAUCACUCCAAAAUAUAAAAACAAAAUAGAUGAAAAAAAUUCAACACAAGUUAUUCUUGCAUAAACUAUUUACAUUUAAUGUAACUGUAUUCAAUAAUUUACAUACAUUUAUUCAAUAAUUUACAUACAUUUUAAACUACACAUUUAUAAGUGAAACUCUAUAAUGGUACCUUUAUUGCACUAUCAGUAAACCUUAUCACAUUCUAAGAAGAGAAGCCGAUUAUAAACCUAUAAUUUUUCCUAUAAAAUUUAUAUAGAGCCCUAACUUCAUUUUUUUCUGAACAUGUAUAUAUCUUUAACAGUUUUUAACAUGUAUACGUGUACAUACAUCAAGGAUACGUCACAGGGACCGGACACAAAAUUCAAAUCCAUGGUCUAUAUCAAUAUGUAUCAAGAAUACCAAUCGAGACAGUGGGUUGGAAAUUUGAGACAAGUCCCUGUGGUAAAAUGAUAUUUUUUCAUUAUCACUGACCAUUAAUGCAUAUGUAUGCUGUACAUGGCGAAAAUUUCAUGAUAUAAAAGUUAUGAAAAAUAUUUCAUUACUAAUUGCAUCCUACUUGAUAUUAAUGUAUUACCUUUAAAGAAUUAACUUUAAAAAAGAGCAUUUGGGACUAGUAUUCAAGCAGAGCAAGCUAUAGAACUUCAAACUAUAUUUUAGCAUAAAAAAAAGACAAAAAGACAAAAAAAUUAAUAAGAUGUAAAUUUAUGUACAGGCAGGUAUUGUAUACAUGUACAUAUCAAAUUAACAAAAA